ACAAAAACUCCCCUUCAUAAAACCCUUCGAACCAAAAGUCUCAAACUCAGAGCCUCAGGGGCCUCUUGUGGAGGGGUUUUGGAUUUGGUCUCAGAAACAUUGAAAAAAAUAAUAAUAAUUAACAAAAGGGGAGAAAACGCAAUGGCAAAUUCAAACCCUCGAACCAAUUUGCGUUGCCAUCACUGCGCUGGCCCUCUUUCCAAAGAGAUGGAAACAAGUGAAUGGACUGUUGCUCCACUUGUGAGGGAUAGUUUUUCUAUGAUUGGCUCUGCUGUUGGCGGUACCACAAGUGCAUUCUACGGAUUCAACCAUGUGAUGCCACUUGUCAGGAGGUGGGUUAAAGGACCCAUGUGGGUACAUUUCCUCAUUGGAGCGCCACCUGUUAUAGUGUUCUCUUCUGCUUGUGCAGGGUUGGCAGGUGGUGCUGUUCCAGCCCUUGCUCAACUUGCAUCUUCGUCUUACCGUGCUGCAUUCUCAUCUUCUUCAUUGCCUCCAUCUUCACAGGAAGAUAAGAUGCAUAAGUCUAGGACUUCUAAUACUUUGUAAUUAUAUAUAUAGUUUUCUCUUUUCAUAAAUGCUGUUUUUGAUAGAUAAAGGUUUACCGUUGAAGCUAGUUACCUUGAAAUGUUGUAAUGUUUCUGGAUACAAGCUCUUUCCCUUUUGGGUUUUGUACUUUGGUUCAUUUUGUAAUGUAGGUUUAUGUUGAUAUUUAAUUAUUUUUCUGUUA